CGAUCGGCAGCAUGGGGAGGUUUCAGAAACGGCGUCCAAUCAUAGACUCGCAGACUACCGCUCAUGAACCAAUGAAUGUGCGGCAGCUCGUCUAUAAAAGCCAAACUUCUGGCGGUUUAACCCCGUGUUUACGUGCGAUUGCAACUCUUUCGUGGCGGGAUCCAGGCAGUGAGAUGACCGAGACAGCUCCUUCCCCGGCGACUCCGCCGGCAGAAACCUCUGCCAAGAAGAAACAGCCGAAGAAGCCGGCAGCUGCAAAAAACCGUCCUGUGAAGUCCGGUCCCAGUGUCUCCGAGCUGAUUGUGAAAGCGGUCUCUGCGUCCAAGGAGCGCAGCGGAGUGUCUCUCGCAGCUCUUAAAAAAGCACUCGCUGCUGGCGGCUACGACGUAGAAAAGAAUAACAGCCGCCUGAAGCUCGCUCUGAAGGGUCUGGUGUCUAAAGAGACCCUGAUCCAGCUGAAAGGAAGCGGUGCUUCUGGUUCUUUCAAGCUGAACAAGAAGCAGCUGGAGAGCAAAGAGAAGACAUCAAAGAAGAAGGAAAUUCCCGUAAAGCCUAAAAAAGCAGCCCCCAAAAAGCGAGAAGGGGGGGCGUGGGUUUUGGAGCACCUCUGGUGUGUGCUUUCCAACUUAAUUCUUCACACAGAAGGUUCUUUUCAGAACCAUCAUAUCCUCCGAAAAAGAGAAAAUAGGCGUUGA